AUGCCCCAAGGGGCGCCUGCUCCGGUAAGACCGGCCACUGGCAGCCAAGGCCGAAGGCGGGGCAGGAGACCCAGGAGGGAGGCGGAGCUCUCGGGGAGGGCCUGCGGCCUGCCGGAGGUGCCUAUGACAUUUGAUGAUGUGACUUUGUAUUUCACGGAACAAGAGUGGAGGACCUUGGAGGAGUGGCAGAAAGAGCUUUACAAGAAUGUAGUGAAGAAUAAUUAUGAGACCUUAGUCUCAUUGGGGUAUGCCAUUCCCAAACCAGACUUGAUAACCCAGAUUGAAGGAGGGGAAGAGCCAUUCAUCAGAGAUCAGGGACCUUUGAAGACACUAAAAUUGGCCAUUGGUUCUAGUGUUGGUGGGCAUCUUGGCUUGAAGAACACACAGGGGCAGCUGUUUUCUGGGAAUUCUAAAUCUUCAAAAGAGCAGGAAAACCUUCAAAAUCAGAACUCAUCUUGGCUCUUGCCAUUCCGUUGUAGUGAGUGUAACAAGGGCUUCACCCACAAGUCUCAGCUAGCCAAUCACAUUAGGGUACACAGAGAGAAAAAGCCUUUCUUCUGCACUGAGUGCAACAAGAACUAUGGCCGAAAGGACCGACUGCUCAGGCACCAGCGCCUGCACACUGGAGAGAGACCUUUCCAGUGCCCAGAGUGUGAUAAGAGCUUCCACCAGAAGGGGCAUCUUCUCAGGCAUCUGCCUAUACACACUGGGGAAAGGCCCUUUCAGUGUCCAGAGUGUGACAAAAGCUUCCGAGUGAAAGCUGACAUGAAGGCCCAUCAGCGCCGACACAGUGGGGAAAAGCCAUUCUCCUGCAGUGAGUGUGGUAAGGGCUUCACAAAGCAUUGUCAUCUCACUGAGCACAUCAGAUUGCACACUGGGGAGAGGCCCUUCCAGUGCCCAGAGUGUGACAAGAGCUUUCGCCUGAAAGCAGACAUGAAGGGUCAUCUUCGAAUACAUAGCAAGGCCAGAUCAUUCUGCUGUAGUGAGUGUGAGAAAACAUUCCCCAAGCAGUCUAAGCUCACAGCUCACAUUAAGGUACACACAAAGAAACAGCACUACAAGGGUUUGCUGUAUGGACUGAUGGAUCUUGAUUGGAGUUAAAACCCCUAGCAGACAAGGGGUGGAUAUCAAAUAUACACUCCAAGAAGAGUUACAGUGGGAAAGGACUUCAGAUAUCAUCUAACUCUACAACAUCCAUGACCAAAGGUCUUUAAACACAGGGACACCUCCAGUAAUAGGAAACUUGCUACCUCAUGAGGCAGGCCAUAUUCCAUUCUGGGAUAGCUGUGAUUGUUGCAGAGUUCUUAGAUUGCACUAGAAUCAGGGUCCGAGCCAGGUAGAAGGGAAGUUCCUUUUCCAUAAGGUAGUUCUUCAGCUAUUCAGGAACUUUGGCCAGUAAAGUUGGUGAUCACACUGAGUGAUGCUGGUUUUUGUUCAAAAAUAAGAUAAAACUGAGAAUGAGCCUUGUGUUUUCAUGUACCUCAUGAACUGGCUCUGAAGAGGUUAUCACUUCUUCAGAUGUCAUAAUACUCCACUAUUGGCAAAUCCCUUCUUUGUACUCCCUAAAAACCAAAGAAAUUCUACCAGAAAACUUGAGAGAGAACCAAGAAUAUAGACUAGUCUGCCAGGGAACAUAGUCUUCCUUCUGCCCAUCUCAAACCUGAACAGAGAAGGCACUUAGGCACUUCACAGCCUUUUAAAAUGUCUUAAAUGAAUACAGUUGCAUUUUAGGCCUUGUUUGGUGAAGUUGGUUUUGUUUUGGGAGGGGAGGUGUUUGCUUUUUUGCUGUAGUUUAUUAAUGCCACAAUAAUAAAAAACAUCUCUGAGUCUGAGGUGAUUAGCUUGUA